AUGAGCGACGACAUUCUCCGCAACUCAGCAGCACUCAAUGCUCUCAAGAGACAUCAGCUCGUGUCUCUGUCCAAAAAGUAUGGACUGAGGGCCAGUGGCAAGAAUGUGGAGAUGAUUGGGCGCUUGCAAGUUUACGCCGAUGACCACGCUGGGGACCUCGACUUCUAUAUCCCAGAGCCAGCUCCUACACCAGCUCGACCUCUUCCUGCCGAGUAUCCAAUCCCGUCGGCAACAAGUCCAGCCCCGUCCCCCGAUCAUCUGCCACAGAUACUGCUCAAGCCGAAGGCUCAGCUCAAUCACAAAGAGUCCUUCAUGAGCACCGCCUCACGUCUCUCAAACUCUUGGGAUGUUCUUUCUGAAGGUAACGCCAGUCUCAUUUCAAAGAUGGAGGACGUCGUAGAAGAGGAAGGUGAGGAAAAGUACGGCAGUAUGGGUAGCUGGAAGAGUGCAAACAAUGGAGAGCCUCUCAAUGAAUUUGGAGGUGAGGCACCGGAACACGUCAAGCGCAAUUCUUCCAUGAAAGCGUUCGCAUCCUCAAUCUCGAAAAGAGGGUCAUUAAUCUUACUUGGCCGAAGCGAUUCCUCCUCCUCCAAUCGUGCUCACGGUGAACCGGGAUAUGAGCCGCCAGCGGAUCCUGAAACCGUUCAGUCUCAGCCCGCAGAGGAGCAACAGGAGAUGAUCGUGGACACGCCUCCCUCCCCGGCGUCCACAGUCGGUGUACCUAGACGCCACUCUCGUCACACUCUGCAGGAAAGGCCUAGCACUAUUAGGCUUUGCUCCCCUGCCCCCUUCCAAGCAACUAGCGACAGCACGUCUGAUCACAGCAACGACGACCUUCCAUUCGUCGGAAAGGCUAGAGACCUCAAGGAACGAAGAUCCAUGGCUCCGCUGAGAUCACCAGCGGGCGCCCCAUCUCUCGGCGCAUUCGAACGAAAAUCAAUGCCGGCACUUCCCUAUUCCAACUCGGCUAGUGUGGGUAAUGUGUAUCCCUCAUUGCCCACGAUGCCCGUCGAAUAUGCUUCUCUCAUAAGAUCAUCAGAGUCGGCGUCUGACGCCACACCGAUCCCUGGGGCAUUCCCUCCCCUUCCACCUACACCCGGCAGGGCACAGAUACUCUUUGGCGACAGGACAGGUACUGGGGUCUCCAAUCACCAGUUCUCGGAGGCCGCACAGGCUGUGCUCAAGGAAAUGAACGCCAAGUUGCCCCAAGGUAGUUUCAAAUUUGGUGAAGAGUUGUUGAAAGGAAGAGAUGCAGAGCUGGCCAAGCUGGUGCAGGUGAAUAAGGACGUCGGUACCGGGGGGUGGGGGCUGAGCGGUGGAGGAUUGACUCAGGACCGAUACGCAGAGGCCCACCAAAAGGAAUUUGCCAAAAUGAGGUCCAUUUCAAAAUCAUCCAUCCGACCAGGCCCUUCUCGAACGGCUUCCUCGGGAUCUGUCACCCGGCCGUAUAUGAUCCCUCUCGCUGAGGGCAGCAAGGCCGCCAAGCGAAAACUUGCAGGGUCUACUUCCACGCUCGAAUUACCUUCUGCUCCCAAUGGCUUGCCUCUUCACUCUGCUGAGGAGGACGUCGAUUCCAGGCAAUCCAAGCGAACCCGUCUCUCUACACAUCCUCUGGGUAGUCUGCGAGGCGCCAAAAAGAGUCUCGCCAACAUGCUUGGGGAAGAGAAAGGGCUAUCCCAGCACACGCCCCGGAAGCAAAAGGAUCGCAAGGAGAAGCGCGCAAGCAUGCUCGGACGAGGUAAUUCGAUGAAAUUCCCGUUUCUGAAGAAAAAGAGCACUCUGGGCCCCGACUCACUCUCUGCGUCGUCUUCCUUGCCCAGCAUCUCCCAUCCUCGAGCUUUGCCUAGAACACUGCCGUCGGGUCCCGAGACUGGGGCGUCCAACACCCCGCUGUCCUCUAGCACCCACAAGCGCUUGGUGCAGCAUAGCACCGAUAAUGGUCAGUCACAGAAGGACAGAGGAAGGUCCACUUCGGCCCAGACCAUGAUGUCUCAAGCGAGUGGUAGAACACCAAAGCGAUCUCGAAUACCUGACUUUGUGCCGCCUCUCCCCAGCGCGAAGCAAGACAAACAGGCCUCUUUGGAUGCUACCAACACUUUGGGCUUGCCAAAAUCCUCAUCUGUGGUCAAAUCGACCACAUCGUUUGUGACGAACACGUCUUCUACAUCCGCUGCGAGGGCGUACAAGAGGCAGAGCCAGAUGGACCUGCUCCGCAACGCCCGGCCUGCUCCUCUCCCACCCGCGCCCGUCCACGAUCUCCAGCAGAAGAGCAAGGCGUCUUCUGCUACUUCAGCUUCUUUGGAUCGAGCCUUGUCUUCUUUUGUCUUGGCGCCCGAGACCAAGCCAAAGCUGCCGUCGUCUUUUCCACAAACGGCAGAGGAAUAUCCGAGAGUCCCUUCUUCUUCGUCUACUCGGAGCUUGAUAACCCCAGCAGCUCCCCGACCUCAGGCAGCCUCUAACCCUAAUCGCCACUCCACCCUCUUUCAGCCUACUGCCGCUUCUCUCGCGAGGAUGCAGGCGACAGUCAAGCCUCGUACCGACAGACCCCUACCUACUUUGCCUUCCACCCCUUCUGCGAUGGUUCAACCUGCCAUUCAGCCUACCCAGGCCAAGGAGAACAAGAGAGAGAAUGGGGAUAUAGAGGUGAUCAGUCCUAGCAUCUCUUUCAAUACCAUCCAGCCAUUUGGCAACGCUUCCUCUCGCGAGAAUGCGUUUGAAUCCAACUUCAUGUCCAAGCCUUCGCCCUCGAAUACCAAGGGCAGCUUGAACGGAAAAUCAAGCACUGGGCCUAAAACCACUCUCAUGAAGAAGGGAUCGACGGCGAGCAUCUCCGCUGUCGCUGCUCGAAACAGGGCAAGGUCGAACGGGCUGAGUGCUGUCAAGAGUAGAGGAGAUUUGAGAGACAAGGAGCAAGACAUGAAGAGAAGGAAGGAGGAGAUGAAGGCGACCAUGGAGAGGAGAAAAGAGGAGAGGGAGUUGAGGGAGCUGUUGGGUAUGUGA